AUGAGUUUCUUCAAGUUGGAGGAGGUGCAAUGCGGCCCCCUCAAGCCGAGGAAACGCAACGCGGUUGCCGUCGGCAGCCCGAACGUGUGGUGGGGAUACAGAUUGCGCGAGAGGACCGGUUGCAAGAAGAUCCCUAUACCCGAAACGUACGAGAACUUCGAGGAGGAGAAGAGGAGGGACUAUGAGCACGUGACGAAGAUCAUGGAGUUCGAGAAACACUCGAACUGGAGGAUCAGGAGGAAGGGUAUCAGGCAGCACGUUCAGCAAGGGCUGAUAUCUCACGAAGACAUGGUGAACGUACGUCGGGAAAAAUUGCGAGAGAUACUGUUGAAGGAAGAGAUGGGGUUGAUCCACGAGGUGAUAGACCAGGCUCAGCACGGUGACGACGCAAGAAUGGACGAUAUGCGGCGCACAAUAGAAGAGAUACACAAAGAAGAGGAGGAACAACGGUUGGCCCUGUUGGCCCAGAAAAAGAUGCAGCAAUAUGUGAUAGGGAGCGCGUUAUUCCGGGAGGAAUUGUCGAAGAGGGCUGUAAUCGAAGCGAAACAAAUCAAUCUCGUCCAAAUGACGGAGAACGAAGUUAAGAGGCAGGCCGAGAAGGAAUUGGAUAAUUUCUGGCACCAGAUGAUGCUGAAAGAGGUGGAGGCGAAGAAGCAGAGGGAUGUAGAGGAAACGAAGAGGCGUUGCCUCGUCCAAGAGAACGACACCCAAAUUUUGAUGAAUCAAAUGGCAGGGAAAUUGGCUUUGGAGGAGGAGAGGAAGCGGAUACGGCAGGAGGACGUUGAGCACAUGGAACGUUUAUGCGAGGCGGUUCGCAAGGAGGAGCUGGACAAGGCGGAGAGAGAUCGCCAGAAGAAGGAAGAGUUGAAGAACGAUCUGCUGGAACAGAUUCGGCUGGCCAAGACGAGGUUGACGGAGGAGGAUCGCCACGAGAAAGAGAUGGACCGGUUGAGAGGGGUUAUCACCGCCGAGGAAUUGGCGAGGGAGGAGGCCGCCAUCGUGGAGACCACCGCGGCUUUCCGUAGCGAGUUGUUGGCUUAUUUCGAAUAUUUGGAAAAUUUGAAGAAACAGGAGGAGAGGAGGAACUUGGAGAUUGACCGGCUGGUGGAACAAUCCCUGAAGGAGGCCGCAGCCAAGCGCGACGAAGCGGUGAAGAGGUACAAGGAGGUUAGGAAGAAGCUUCUGCAGGAUGUGAUAGAGGGUCGGGAGCAACAGUUGAGGAUAAAAUGCGAAAAGAAGAAGAGGGAGGAGGAGGAUCGUUUGUUGGAGAAGGAGAUGUUGGAAAAGGAGAUAGAAAUGGAAGCCAAGUUGACCGCCAACGCGAAGAAGGAAGAGAGGGAGAGGAUGUUGUGCUACAAGAAGGAACUGGUGGAGCAAUGGAAAUUGAAAGACGAGACGCGGCGUAAAGAAAUCGAGGAAGGGAAGAAGAUGUAUGUGGAUGAGUUGAAACGUCAAAAUGACGAGUAUAAUAAAAUAAUGGACGUUCCGCAAGUUACCGCCCCGCAUCCGUUUAAGAUUUUGUUGAAGGAGUGCGCGACUCGUCAUGCCGCGGAGAAAGAGGGGAAAUGUACCUGUCCUCCUCUGUUAGACGAGUAA